GCAACUGUCUUUAUAAUUUUCAGUCAACGAUCUAGUAAAGCAUUUUGUACAUAGUUCAAAUGUCUCACUGAAAAAAUUCAAAGGGCCGUUCCACUCAUCUGAAAUCGUGACGAUCACUACAGUACUGCAGCCAAGAAUGAUAGUAACUGCCGUAUAGUUUCUCAUUUAUUGAAAAACUUUGCUUCCGUGUUUUUUCCCCACCAUCCGUAUCAAACUUCAAUGUUAUUAGAGCGAUCAGAGCUCGUUGGUGCCAGUUGUAAUGUUAGGUUAUGUAUGUCGUUUGAGGUUAAUUACCGGACAUAUUCAGUAAUUUACGUAGUGUGGAAUGUAUAAAAUCGUACUUGCAUCGGUGAAGCGUACAACUUGAAAUUGGUAAUAUUUCAUAAAGUUCUUUAGUAUCGCGGUAUUGAGUAAAACGAGUUUCAUAAAAGUGUAUUUUGCAAUGACCGAACCGAACACCGAGAGAUGCAGUUACAUCAAUUGUGGUAAACAACGGCUUGGACAACAAUUUCAUUAUCUGCCACUGAAAAAUUCGAGCCUUUGUGUGAAGUGGUUGAUAAACAGCGGCCGGGAGGAUUUGCUUACACGUGAGACUCCUGCAUUAGAAUCAUUGAAACUUGCUAUUUGUAGCAACCAUUUCCAUGAUGAUGACUACCUCCUAGGAGGAGCUUUGAAGGAAGACGCAGUUCCAAUUCAAUAUUGGGAUCUCGGCUACUCUACUGAAAUUGGUGGAAUGAAAAAUGCUCACCAGAUUGAUCAGCAAACACAGAAUGACAGCAUUGAGAGCCUCUCCACUACAGGAUCUGAAACUGAUUCCAAUUUAGGAUCUGACAAUGAAUUCCGAACUCAAUUAGGCAACAAAAUAGAGGCUGUAUUAAAUUCAGUCCAGAAUUUCCAUGGUCAAUCAGCAAGUACUGAGAAUUUGGAUUUUGAGCAUUCGGUACAAAAUUUGUGCACAAAGCUGAAGUUAAAUUCCGUUGGAUAUAAUGAUGAUCGAAACCACCUGACAUCGACGAGUGAUUUGAUGAAAUUGAAGAGAACUAUCAAAAACAUGUGUAGAACGUGUGCAAGGAAGAAAAAUAAUCUAGUCAAUAUAGUCGAUGAAACGACACGCUCUUCCAAUAGUAUAUUGACGAAAUUAAAACUGCUUAUAGAAAUUAAGAACAGUGAUGAUCUGCCGAAAAAAAUAUGCCACGAAUGUCUUGCAAAACUGGAACAGUCGUAUAAAUUUUUUCAACAAAUAUACAAAGCAGACAGUACUCUACGUGGUAUGCUAUUUAAAUGUAAACAAGAAAGCGAAUCUCUUUCUAACCGUCAUAAUAAAUGCAAUGGUGAUGUAGCUUGUUCUCGAAAUCCUAAGACUUCAGAUAAACUCGUUAGUAAGGCACAGAAGUUUCGAUUGAAAGUAAAUAAUCUAUCGCUUAAAAAUAAUUUGAAUACUACAUGGAUGGAUAGUGAAGUUGCUAAAUUUGAUGAGAUUAUGAAGAACAACGAUAAUAUUCUAGAAAAAAUUAGUUUGAAUAGCGAAAUUUAUUCAAGUGAAAAUACUGAAAACACUGUGAGCUACUUACUGUCAGACUGUAGUAACAACGAUGCUGCAUUGAACUGGCUCGACGUCGUGGGUACAAUAAAGAAAGAACAUAAACCAAAUGCAUCAAAAUCUAAUACAGUUGUAGAGAAAUCACCAGUUGCUGCUUUUCGAAUUCAAUGCAAACAUUGUGACCGUACUUUCAAAUUACGACGACAAUUAAAAACCCAUAUAGCAAUGAAUCAUUCUUCGCCGAUAAACUAUACGUGUGAACAUUGCAGUGUUUCCUGCACGAGUGAAAAAUCUUUGUCAGAACAUUAUGUUCAGGCUCAUCCUGGACAGAGAUACAAUAGUAAUAAUUGCGACAGUACAGUCUCAAAGAAAGAUGAGUUACUGUCACACAUCGAGCAAUUCGACUCAAGAAAAUCCAUUAUACCUGAAAAAAAUAGUUACACGAAUCCACAUCUUGAUCAAACAUUUGCCUGUGAUGACUGUGAGAAAACAUUUUCCUGCAAGCAAACUCUUUGUAAACAUAUUCACAGACUACAUCCACCUUUUGCUUAUACUUGCACAAUUUGCAACAAUGUGAUGUACAGCGAGGCUGCUACUUAUAAACACAUGACAACUCACGAUAAAGCUCCGCUGUUUCCAUGCCAUGAUUGUGGCAGAAUGUUUUACAGCACCAAGAAAUUAGAGAAGCAUAAAAGCAUACAUGAUAGUGACACAUGGAAUAAAAGGAAAAGGGUCUGGUUCCAUUGUCAGUUGUGCGAUGCUUCAUAUACAAUAGCUGAGGAAUUAAUUAAACACAUAGAAUCUCAUUCUUCAGAGGAUUGGGAAAAGUAUAGAACUAAAAUUUUAUAUUGCGGUGAAUGUAAUGCCAGAUUAAUAGGUAAGGAAAAGUUCCGAAUUCAUAAAAUGAAGUACCAUCUUAGCAAAAGGGGUGAUUUCAUUUGUCUACUUUGCGAUGGAGUUACCCAAGAUUUUCAAUCAUUCGUGGAGUAUGAAAAACAUAUCAAAUCGCAUUCUAAUGAGCUUCAACAUUUGCUUUUGAAAAAUUUCAAAUGUGAGCAUUGUCGAAAGGCUUUCAACUCAAAUUCUAGUCGAAUAAAUCACAUAGAUUUAUAUCAUUCCGAUGUUAUGCAUUCUUGUCCCAUUUGCAAUCUCAAAAUAAAACGUGAAGAUCAUCUGAGAAAUCAUAUCACCACUGUUCACAAUUCCAACAGACAAAGUUCAAGAAAAGCGCAAAACUUUUUAGAAGAAAAGUGUUCAAGUUCCAAAAACCAAAGGAGCGAUCAUAAUGAAGAAGAUCAAGAACCGUUUAAAAAUUUGGAGAAAUUAUUUCCUUGGGCCCAAAGAUAUUCAUGCGACCAUUGCAGUAUGAAAUUCUAUUACAUGCACAAACUACGGCAGCAUCUUCUCAGUGAACACGGAGAUAAAGAGAAUGCAGCAAUUAUUCAAACAUUGGAGAAAUAUCGAAAAUUUAAAUGCACAGAGUGUGAAGCAACUUUUAAGCACAAGAGCGGCCUAGAUACACAUAUGAAACGAAUUCAUUCUGACACAGAACACACAUGUUAUAUUUGUGGACUCAAAUUAAAAUUAGCAAGGGAUUUGUGUGACCAUUUGCUCACGCAUGACAAAGAUAUGCAACUUCACAAAUGCCAAUACUGUGAAAAACAGUUUGAACAUGAGAAAGAUAAAAUAAAUCACGAAGAUAAUCACCAUGCAAAACGAUUUAAAAGUGAUUCGUUCGACUGUGACAGUGAAUAAAUUAUAUAAUUCCAAUACUUAUUGCAUCAAUUUCAGUCAAAGCUUAGCACUAGUAUAAUUGGAAUAUUGAGUGGCUGGCAAUACAUUCAAUUAAUUGAGAUCAGUUACCACAUAUCUUGGUAUGUAUUGGUAUUAUUACGUUAUUUUGAAUUGCUCAGGUUAAAAACAAAGUACCAUCAAGUCGAAUAUUUUUCUAGAUAUUGUAUAAUUAAUAUAAUUAAAAAAUAAUUCAUUUGUAUAUACAGCUGCCACCGAUUAUUUCCAUAAUUACAUCAGCUAUGUCGGUGGUAACUUUCGUACUAUGAGGAAUUAGAUUUUUUUUAAAUACCAAACCUAAGAGAAUAAGACAUAUUGCUGAGACUAGUGAUUGUCAUUUGCAGUUCACACACCAUCAUUAUCUAUUAUUAGUUUUUAAAAUGAAUUUCAUUUGUUUCAUCAAUUUCUUUUAAGUACUUUUUCCUGCUAAUUGUUAGUACGUGUGUAAUAUAUGCAUUUUCUAUACGUAUAAUAGUUGUACUAUUGAUGUAUUAUAUAUUUGAAUUACUUUCUAUUGAUGAUCCCAAGAGAUUUGAAACAAAAAUCACAUACAAAUAAACCUUUGAUUGGGCCCAAACAGUUCAGAAAAAUUAAGGGUAAAAAAUCUUUUUAUGUAUUAAUUUUAUAACUGUCAUAUAUUCAGCAUUUUGGGGUAAUGACGAAAAUACAAGGUUUUUAAAUCA